CGGCUGCAGAUAGACCCUUCUCAAUUUUGAUGGUGAUACAGGAAGUAGUAGCCAGGCUGUAACUUCGCCUCAUGGAAUCGUUUCUACUGCGUGCCGAAUUUUCUUUCGCUUUUCGAACAGUGCAGGCUUUGUGUAUCGACAGAACCGGUGCAGUGAACAGAGGGGGAGACAGACAGAGGCCGCUACCUGGUGCUUACUGAGUAGGAAAGAAUGCACUGCUUGGUUCUUGCUCUUUUUUCAAUGUUACUGCCUGAUUCUGUCCUUGCUUCCCUUCCUGCUCCAGUCAACGUUUCUGUCAUCUCUGUCAACUUCCACCAUGUCCUGCGUUGGGAUCCUGGACCUGGCACCCCACCAGGUACACAGUACAUGAUAUCCAAGAGGUUAGAUGAUAAACGGCGACUGAACUCAACGACCACAUCAUUAAAGCUGAAGCUGAAGAAUUACUACAAGUAUCACCUGAAUGUCCAGGCAUACUACAACCAAACAUGGUCCCCAGUGUCCAACAAAUACACUUUCAGCCCUUUCAAAGACACCACAAUAGGUCCUCCAAAAGUGUCACUGGCUGGAUGUGGCAACUGCAUCCAAAUCAACAUGUCACUGCCGGAGGCGGACAGAAGCUCAGGAAUAAAUGAUAUCCAGAAAUUCUUCACUGCCUAUUUCCGAAUUUUUUGCAGGAGAGGAAAAGAAACAGUGGGGUCCUACAAAACACAAAACAAGAGUUUCACUCUUGAUAACUUAAACAGAGGUACGGAGUAUUGUGUACAGGUCCACACAGAGAUUAGUCAGAACAAAAAUACUGAGCCAUCAUAUUGGAAAUGCACCUUCACCAGCAUUAUGGAACCACGCAGAGACCCUCUUAUAUUAGGUGCAGGUGCUGCUCUUCUGAUCGUAGUUAUGGGGGUCCCGAUAACCUUUGUGUUUUGCCUCUACUACACUGGAUUCCUUUGUAAACUUAAGGCCCUGCCCACAACACUGACAGCUCUGAGCCAAGGCUACACCCUGACACCAGAGGGAACAAUCUCAGACCCAGUCUCUAUUAGCCCACAGAUCGGGAAAGAGAGAAAGCACAACAAGAACACAAAGUCACUUCCUGCCACAGGGAAUGAGGAGGAAGAAGAGGAGGAGGAUGAUGAGGAAGAGAUAAACGUCUACAUAGGUAAAACCCUGCAGUUUCCCUCAGGUGAAAGUUUAUGCUGGGGAUCUGGUAACGUUUUGCAGAACAGUGAGCCAGCUACGUCCCCAGACUGUGGGAGUUUGACAGUGAGGUUGUCAGCUGAGGUGGAGGUAUCCGAUGCAGAGUUUGAUGGUGGGGUAACACAUGGGGUUCUAGAUAAAGAUGGGGCCAAAGCUGAGGGAGCAAAGGUUUCUUUCAUGACUGAGGAGCGUCACAUCAGACUCCAGGAACAUUUCACAGAUGGGGAGGAGGUGGAGCAGGAGGAGGAGAUUAAGAAAAAGGAGGAGUUUGUCAGCUCUGGCAAUGUCAAUCUGCUCUCAGUCACCCUUGCUGCACUGAGUGUAGGUAAGGAAGAGGAUGAAGAGCAGAAUGCAAAAGAGCCUCUCUCAAACUUUUUGAAACUAUCAGAUCUGGAGCCUCUACAAACAGUUCAAAAACAGACUUUAAGCAACACAGUCUCACAAACUGAGUCAGAGGAUCAGACAGCUGUGGGGUUAGUGCAACACACACAUGAGGACUUUACUGAGACUGGAUAUGAAGGCGUGCAUGCAGACACUUCUGGGUGCAUCGAAUCACAACAUGAAGAAGAGGAGGUGGAUGAUGACAAUUUCAUUGAAUAUAUGGCACACACAUGAUACAUUAGGUUGCUCUAAUGUGUGUAGUAUGUACAUGUGAUACUCAUGCACUUUAUGUGUAUGACUAUUUAUUAGUGCAUUUCUUCCCAGCAAGCACAUUCCUUUUUAAAGGAAAAGUUGAACUGAAAUAUCUAAUGCAGUCGGAGAGUGCUUAAUGCUGAGAGGCCCUUUGACAUGUUCCUAGUUUAAAUCUUGUGUUCCUGCAUUUAUUCUUUUAUCUCUUGUUAUAUGCCAAAUAUAUGUCAAAAAACAUAUCAUAGUAUUUUUUUUUUACAUCAAGGUCUUUUCCUGUUUAAAAGUUUUAAGUAUUUGAUGACUAAUCCUGCACUCAGGAGAGUUUAGGCUACUUAUUUUUCAUCCAAUGAUACUGCUUUGUGGAUUUUUUUUAUUUAGCUUUUCAACACCAGCACAUUUUGAGUGACUAAACAUGCCAGCCCAGUGCCAGAAAGGGACUACAUUUAGCCAAAUUCAAUGGAUAUAAACAAGCAUUCUAUCAACUAAAAAAAGCACAGAUGGAACUAAUAACAUAAUGAUGGCUCUGUCUCUUUAAUUUGGCAGUAAGCCGUGACAUUGAGCUAGUGAUCCUGACACAGCUAAAUGGAAUUCAGCCAGUGUUCAAUUUAAUAUUUACACCUGUGCUUUUAUUCUGAAAAAAGGUUAAUGUCCAAAGUGCACAUCUUAGAGAAGUAGAAAUGGAUGUUUAAUGUACAGGUGCUGUCUGACAUAUUGUAUAAAAUCCUAUCAAACAGUAAAGACGGAGUUAAUGAGAAGUCUUGCUUUGAAGGCUAUGAUUUGAACAUGUGGUGUUCCAUACAAUGCUCAGUGUGGGAUACUAUUAUGACAUGAACGUUUCAUGUGAGUAGUUGCACAUCACAGUUCACAAAGCUACGUCAGUGACCAAGCUCCUCAACUUCUGCUUGGUCACAUGAUUUCCUAUCAGGAACUUCCGCAGGUGCUUCCUUCAUGAACCGCCGGACAAAGUUAUUACAUCUGCAGCCAAGUUGUUUUUGGGAUACCAGAAUUUGAAACGUUCAAAUUCUUAUCGUCAUCUGACAGCGUGUGAACAUGUUUUAAAAUAUUAUAUUUUAUAUUCCUUUGCAAUGGUACACAGCAUAAAAUAGCCUGCUUUAAUGUGCUUUAUGUUCUAUUUUAAGUUGUAUGUUUAAAUUGUAAAUAUUAAAUUGUCAUCCUUUUACAAUAACUUUUUUUCAUACAGACAAAUUUGCUCUUUACCACUGGAUCUGCAAAAUAAAGCAUGAUAUAAAUUAAA